CCAAGAGCCAAUCGUAUUAGUCGCAUUGCGGAGUUUUGAGGUUUCUUUUCAGACCACAGCCAUUUCAACCAACGCCUCUAUUUUGCGCGAAUCCUAUACAGAAGUCGAAUAAGUUUCUCUGCCAAUUAUCCAAAAUGCAUUCCCAUCUUCACACCCCAGAGAAUGCCAACUGCGAGGAAAUCAUGACCGCCCUCGAUGAAUGCCAUGCCCGCGGUUUCCUGUGGAAAACGCUUGGCCAAUGCAAUGACAUAAAACGCGAGGUAAACCGCUGUCUCAGCGCAGAACGGCUCCAGCGCGCGAAACAGAACCGCGAAGAAGCGAGAGAGAAACGCUCGCGCAUUGAGAAGAUCUGGGCAGAGGAGAGGGCGAGAGAGCAAGGCGAGUUGCCUCAGAAGCAGGAAUAGAGAGUGAUAUAAGGGGUUGGGUUUAUCGAUUGAGGAUCGUUGUGAUUGUUCUUCGAUUGGCAUUUUUUAAAGGCGUUGGAUGUUUGGGUGUACAACAGCAUUGUGUAUAUAUGAAGCCAUGAACAUGCAUGGGUUGUAAAAGGGUUUUGCAUUGGGAAUAAUU